GCGGGGAGGUGAGCGAUGGAGGACGACUCGCCGAUGGUGAAGACGGCCAAGGGCGCCGUCACGGGGCUGGCCGCGGGCACCAUCUGGGGCACCAUCGUCGCCACCUGGUACGACGUGCCCCGCGUCGAGCGCCACGUCGCGCUCCCGGGCCUCAUCCGGACGCUCAAGAUGUGCGGCAGCUACGGGGUCACCUUCGCCGCCGUCGGGGGCCUCUACAUCGGCGUCGAGCAGAUCGUCGAGAGCCAGCGCAAGAAGCGCGACUUCGUCAACGGGGCCGUCGGGGCAUUCGUCUCCGGCGCCACCGUCUAUGGCUACCGAGGAAAGAGCAUUAAGUCUGCCCUCAUUGGUGGUUCUGCUCUGGCAUUCACAUCUGCUAUUCUGGACGUUGGUGGUAAUACAACGAGAGUGGACAAUGGCAAAGCAUACCACGCUUACACAACAGAGAAGAAGCCUGCACAUUGACCAAGGUUGUACUUGUAGCUGAAAUCUUGCAAACCAUCGGCUCGGUGAAUUUUUAGCUGAUGCUUGCUGUUAUGUCUGUUUUGGUGAUGCACCUAGUUCCUUUACAAAUCCAUGGUAACUUGUUUUGCUGGAGAGCAAUACAACAGGCUUGAAUAAAUAUUUGAUGUUAUUUUGCUUCA